AUGGAGUUCAUCGGCCUGCAAAUGCUGGUGACGCUACGGCAGCCUGAGGGCACCAUGCUGAAAGGCACUGUUAGUGAAAUACAAGCUGGCGCCAGCCUUACUUUGGCGAACGUCUUCACCGUAGGCACAAACCACUGGAUCCCCAGAAUUAUGAUCGAUGCUGCCAACAUCCUUGAACUUUCCGAGUUCAAAGACGACGCUGCGCCUAAUACCUUUACGGCGCCGGGCGUCAGUCCUGUUCCUGCUCCUGUGGUCAACCAACCCGCGCAGCCGGCCUUCGCCGACCCCGCGAUUCUCAGUAUGGGAAAAAGGCCUGGCUCUGGCGUGAGAAGCGGUAGCGAGAGCCAACUCCUACCGGAAGUAAUAUCUCAGUCGAGCGCGGGCCUGGCGAGGGACCCUCAACCAGGGCAGCCCGGGGUCCUGGCUGCCGCACACCUGCUAGGAGGACCGAAGAACGACGAUCCAAGCCAAAGCAUCAGCGAGACUUUACAGGAACUGUACGUGGACGAGCCAACGCCUACAGCCACAAGGCAAUACGCCGUUGACGAUGACGCGGUAGCACAAAAUGCACACGAAAUACAAGGCCCGUCGCAAAAGAAGAAGAAUAGGCGACGAGAGAAGGCGAAGGCCUCGAAGAAUGGCAUUUCCGAGGAGCUUGUCCAGGAAAGUACGCCAACCCGUGGUAAUCCAUCCAAUCGCGGCAAGGGCUGGAGACAGACACCGAUAUUGCAGAGCUCUCCCUCAUUCCAACCCUUCAACUCCCUUAAGCGGGGAGUUAAGGGUAAAAAGGAUCUUCCUGAAAACGGAUGGGCAUCUGAAGAUGUUACAGAGGAAAUGGGUGAGUUUGACUUCGAAGGCAGUCUUGCCAAGUUCGACAAGCGUACCAUCUUCGACCAGAUGCGCAAGGAAGACUUGGUAGAUGAGGCGGACAGGCUGGUAUCACACAACCGCAAGCCUAAGCCAGGAACUGCAGGCGGCAAAAACUUGCACUACACAGAGAAUGUGCUCGAUUUGCCCCCCGCGGCGUCAAAGGCGAACCAGGACUUCUGGAAUAGCGAAGCCGACGACGCUGUGAAUGGAGCUGACCGACUAAGUGGCCGUGAUGCCCGUAGUGCUCAGGGUAAUCGGAGAGCCGAGAGCAAGCCAGGGGCUGCAAGGAGGUCGCAAUCUCGCAAAGCGAGUGCGCAACUCACCAGUCAGCCACUGAAUCGUGUUAACUCCAGCGUACGUCUGAAUAGACAAUCCCAAGCGUUGCUUCGUCAGAAUAGUUCACAAAGUAUUCCUGGUACUAACUCUCUGCAGCAUGGUACUCAACCCGGCUUCUAUCUCUUGCCAUCAAAUCGACGCCUAGAAACCGUCUCCGCCCUGCAGAUGCUCAACCUGGAGAACAUUGCGGCCAACGAGAUUGGGCUGACGGAGGACAUGAUGACCGAGAACGCCGGGCGAGGCAUCGCAGAAGUGACCUUAAGGGCAUUGGAAGAUCCAGCGAUUCAGGUUCGUCUCGGGACCGGCGGGGCCAACGCUCCCAGCGACAAUCCAGUUGCUGCUGCUACUAUCGUUAUACUUGCCGGCAACAACAAGUCUGGUAUCAGAGCGAUUGCCGCGGCUCGCCAUCUUCGCAACAAGGGCCUCAAUAUUCUGGUCUGUGUGGUUGGCAUUGAGCGCGAGCGGGAUCUACUUGAGGAUAUGCGGCAACAAAUCCGAAUUUUCAAAAACUUCGGAGGCCGCGUCCACAACAAACUAGAACUUUUCGAGCAGCUACGCAAGUCAUCCUCGAAUCCGGCGACCUCGGUGACGCUUAUCAUCGACGCCCUGUUGGGUUUGGCAAUCUCCUUCGAGGAGUUGCGGACUGGCGACCAAGCUACCGUCUACGAGUUGAUCGAAUGGGCCAACCGCAACGAAGCCUUUGUGCUUGCACUCGACGUUCCAACUGGUAUUGAUCCGUCGACUGGUAAGGUUAGCAUCAUCGACGGCGGUCGUCUGUAUGUCAAGCCACGAUACGUUGUUGCAAUGGGUGCACCAAAGAAGGGAUUACUUGAAGCAAUGGCACCUGUCUCGGAAUCGGAUCCGGCCAGUAUCCGAAACUCUGAGGCGGAAGGCGCUGUCACCGAGGACGAGGAUUGGAAGCUGUUCAUUGCCGACAUGGGUCUCGGUGCCGCCGUCUGGAAGAAAGCAGGCACUAAAAUCCGAAGAGGCAUUGACUUUGACAAUAAAUGGGUGCUGCAGAUGCGUUAUCAGCCGAUUGUAGUUGAGGAGGAGUAA